AUGAUCCUCUUUCCUGGAGUGGCAGCAUAUCGGAGAGGCGGAAGAUCUGAACUUUAUGCAACUGUACGCCAAGACGGCGUGAUUUACUUUGCAUUCAUAUUCUUGGUCUCGGUGAUUAAUGUGAUCGUCGCCCUUACUCUCCCGGUAGGUGGAUACUCGCCUAAACCAGCCGAUUAUGAGGAUGAAAACUGA